AGGAACACAUCCCUAUCCAAACUGUGAAAUUCGUACUCCUCAGUACCAACCUCAUCCAAUAAUGAUUUUUGGACUAUAUUAUUAUGAAUUAAACCAUCAGGAAGAUGAAUGACUAAUACUGUGGGGUGCAGCAAGCUGGAGAAUAGACGAUACGGAUGAAGAUGACAAAUUAAGCCUAAAAUAGAAGCAAAAGAGGACCACGAUAAGUGUUAUUUUAGCAUGUAAGAUCAGAGUUAAUUAGAAGGAAAACCAAACUGGGGACUUACCAAUGGCAGAAACUGAAUCAAAUUUGAAGGCUUCAACAACAUAUGCGUUUGCUGUGAUUGGUUUUCUAGUUCUAUAUUCCGUUAUCUUCGUGUCUGCAGAGCAGACUUCACAUGGAAUCGCUCUGAGUAACAACGGAACAACUCAUGACUUUGAAUCAAGUAACUUGUUCAACCUAUUCAAUCUUCUGCUGCAAAAGGCUGAAAUGCAUUACUGCCAUGUUUGGCCAGAACUGCAAUUGGGAUGGAGAGUUAUUGUUGGUUCAAUAAUUGGGUUCCUUGCUGCUGCUUUAGGGAGUGUAGGAGGAGUAGGGGGAGGUGGUAUCUUUGUUCCCAUGCUUACUUUAAUCAUUGGAUUUGAUCCAAAAACAUCCACUGCAAUAUCGAAAUGUAUGAUCACUGGUGCAGCGGGUGCAACUGUCUACUACAACAUAAAGCAGCGGCAUCCAACAAUGGACAUGCCCGUUAUUGAUUACGAUCUAGCUCUUCUUUUCCAACCCAUGCUGUUGCUGGGUGUCAGUGUGGGAGUUGUUCUCAACGUACUUUUUUCGGAGUGGAUGGUUACGGUCAUGUUGAUCAUUCUUUUUAUAGUCUCAUCAACUAAGGCAAUUUUCAAGGGUGUCGAGACGUGGAAAAGAGAAACCAUAAUAAAGAAGGAAGCUGCUGGACGCUUGGCAUCUGACGGUGCUGCUGGUGAAGAAAUUGCAUACAAACUUCUACCUGAAGGUCCAAACAAUGGUUCUACAGUUAAAAAAGAGGACAAUAAGGCACCAGAGUUUCCAAUUGCUGACAAUGUAUCCUGGAAGGACAUGAGCGCACUUAUUGCUCUCUGGGUCUUUAUCCUGGUUCUGCAUAUUUCUAAGGUUUUUACAUUACCUCUUUGCCUAUUUCCAAGGACUUACACAUUUUUUGGAUUGCCUUCUAUGCUAUCCUGCAUUAUUAGCACAUUGAUUGUAAGAUGUCUUUUUUCUUGUUCAGUGGCAUAUUGGAUCUUAAACCUCUUGCAGGUCCUUGUUGCUGUAGGAGCUUCUGCAUAUCAAGCAGUUCACUUGUACAAUGGAUCAAGAGUGAUCAUGUCAAGCAGAGAAGUAAUAAGCUGGAAAGUGCAUCAGUAUCAAGUGCCACUGCCACCUUUGUAAUGACAUUUUCCUCCUCCAUGUCCGUGAUACAAUAUUACCUACUAAAACGCUUUCCAAUACCAUAUGCGCUGUAUUUUGUUGCUGUAGCCACUAUUACCGCCUUUGUUGGACAGAACAUUGUUAGGAAAAUUAUUAGCAUUGCGGGAAGAGCAUCUGUCAUUAUUUUUGUAUUGGCCUUCACUAUCUUUGUGGGGUUGGCAUAAUAGACACGAUAAAAAAGGUCGAGCAAGGGCAGCAUAUAGGUUUUGAUAACAUUUGUGCAUACCAUUCUUAAGCAAAGCACUCAUGUUCUUCUUGGCAAUUUCUGUACUGGUAUUAUCAGAUAUCAAGUUUGAGUCAAUUCACAUAUUGUAUCUGUUGACUAUGCAUAACAUUUGAUAGUCCACUGUGUUCUGGUUUCAAGCUCAUUAUCUCUCAUGGCAUUUUCUCAAAUGGUUUCCUUGAGAUACCUUCUGUUUUCUAACUCCUAUCAUUAAAUCUUUCAGUGAAAAUGUCUAUAUUCCCUCAUGGUGUGAGUAAAAAGUUUCUAAUAUUUGAUGCUACAAAUGUUCAACAGCCAGGCUAUAGCACUUAACCUCCACCUUGUUAAAAUGCAAAUAUUCCUCAGGCCACCUUGAGAAAUACAGCUGACCAACUGAAAGCGCCCAAAUUUAAGGAUAAAGAACCCUUAUUUUUCUUUGUAAUUUAUAUAAUAUAGUACUUUUUUAAGAAGAAACAAAAAAGAGAGAAGAAUUUUACACUUUACGUAGUUUAUAACAAAUCCUGUUUAUGUGAGUAGGAAUCCUCUUAAUGAACUAGAUAAUCCUCAUAACUAAUCUCAACUAAUUUAGGAUCAUGCAUAAUCAAUUGAUUAACACAGUAAAGAAUUUUUUUUUUUAUUACUAUAGGAUAUUUAAUUCGCACUAUAGCAAGAG